UGUCGUGUGUGGCAUCUGGCUUCGCUUUUUAGUCGAAUUUUAUGCCGCAAAAAUCAACUCUAUGAAUCAAACAUUUGAUAGYAAGGAUGUAGUGUUAACUUAAACAGCCUUUUCAAACAAAAAACAUAUAGGAAUGGCGUCAGAAAUGACAAAUUAGACUCGAAUAGYGAAGCAUACAACUUGACAAGUUACAAGGAGGUUCUAGUAAGUUCAUAGAUCAAGAGCGAAGAAGCUGUUCCUCAAAACAGACUUAUAACRUCAAGUUUCGAUCUUCAUAAUGUGGCUUAAGGUCUUGCUUUUAGGACUUAUUAAMUUAYAUCUGGCUGAACUGACAAUAGCUUGGAACGAACCAGUUUCACUUCAACGGAACCAACUGUAGAGCGACAUAUGUGAACUCUUCGCAUGUCAUCAUGAGAACACCGCUGGGAAGUUGUAAGACGCGGUACACGGCGGACGAAGACUUGAUCACAUUUUCAAACGUGGUGGAUACAGAGGUKUUCGGUUCGAGCAAGAUUAGUCGCUAUCCUGCACACUUUUUCAUGUUCGAGUGCUCUUACUACACGACGUUUGAAAUGACUCUCAACGCCUUUAGUACCGAAGGGAAGAUCAUCACUAGACCUAAAGUUCAAAUGGGCAACUUCUCCUUCACAAUGAACAUGUUCCAGACUAACAAGUAUUUCAGUCCKUACACGAAGUUUCCCGUGAGGGUGAGGACAGGGGAGCGUGUCUACCUACARGUCAAAGUUGUGACAAACGCUUCUGGACUGACUCUGUUUCUUGACCGCUGUAGAGCUACUCCAUCGCCAGACCCUAAGAGUGAGCUCAGCUACUAUGUCUUGAGAGACGGUUGCCCAACAGACGAAACACUAAACUACAAAGCCAGCAUCGACACAAAACAGCGGUUCAGCUUCCAAGCAUUUCGAUUCCGGUCCCAGCCCUCUAAAGAGGUGUACCUUCACUGCGAGGUCCUCGUAUGCCACGAGCAAAACAACGCCUCYCGGUGCCAUCGCGCAUGUAAACAAAAACCCAGAUACCUGACUAAAAGAGAGAUCACAACACGAGAAAUAGAGGAGUCCAUCAUGGACGAAAACCUGACCAACCUUAUCAACAUGACAACCAAGAUUUAUGACGUUACGUUGGGUCCUAUGAAAGUCUAUGUAGAUCCUGUCAGGGGUCCCCCAUUGCUACAAGAGGCCUMUCAGGAUAAAGGYCGUCGGUCACGUGGUUUGUGUCAUACACCAGAACUUGCUUUACUUGUUAUAUCCAGUUUGGUAUUUCUAUAUAAGGACAUAUUGCACAGUUGAUAGUUGAAUAUAUCUUGCAAAAUCAGCAUUAGAAUGAGGCUCAUCUCUUCACGUGACGUCCAUUAUAGUCAGGAUUUAUGUACAACCUGUUAAAGAUUUCUAKGGCGAGGUGCUUGACGCUUAAAGCACACAUACAUUUAGGAGAUGUAAAAGUACAAUUUACAGACUAAAAAAUAACGUAUUUAAUGAUAUAUUUAGACAAUAAUUUACUACCUUUUUACUAUAAGCAACUUGAUAGAUGUAGUAUAUAAAAAACAGGAAACCCCACGGGUUCAAUUACAAAAACUCAAACUCUGCGAAUUCUAUUCAGUGUUCCCGUCAUGUGAUGUUUGGCAAGAUGCAUUAUGGGAAUUUACGAAAGUUAAAACUGAAUCCAUCUUGUGCCAACAGUGCUUUUCUCAAAAUAUCUCGUWUAUUCUUUCCAAUGCUUAGGAUUCCUUUGAUUCAAAUGUUUGGUUUCCUAUACGCGUGCUUUCUUGGCAACACACGAAGGAUCGUGACUUGUUCCACGGAGAGAGCGUCGCAAACCUACUAAGAUUUGAAUCACACAACAGGAAUCCCAAGAAAUGGCAAGAAAAAAAUUAUGAGUUAGGCUUGGAGCUAGUAUUCAUGUCAAGCUGUUUAGCAAGCUGCAAACUAGCAUUACAUAUUGCUAAGCGGAGUGGUUUUGGGGCUCAAUUUCGUGAGCAGUAAUCUUAUUGUAAUUCAGUUUCGUCAAUUUUCCAAUGACCCUUCAUACUCCUUAGUAGCAUCCGCUAUCUUGGCACUUUCAACAAUACCAUGAUGCACUUCGCCGAAACACAACGUCAUAAGUAGRGAGAACAAUUUAACAAUAGAGCGCUUUUCAAAUCUAGGUUUUCUAUURUAAUAAUCGAGGUCAAAGUACAUGCAUUAUCGCUUUAAUAGAUAUAUACAUCAAUUUUAAAAUUUAUAGUAAGAUUUUUAAAGGGUCAAUGGAAACGGUUCGUAGAAUGGACUUAUAGCAAUACUAUUGAUAUAAAGGUUUGUGCGGUAUCUUUACAAUAUAUAGAAUGAAUUUGUGUUGACAGACAAGUC